CCGACUCCUUCACUAACGACACAUCACUAACAGCUGCUUGAUCCGUGACCAAAACAAACUCAGAGAGGAGAUAUUUGGACUAGGAUAGGUUUCUGCUUUAUCAAGUGCACGUUUCUAAAUGCAAAUGCGGUGUAUCAAGAGGUUUGAGGGAGUAUAACAUACAUUAUAGUUGCUUGGAGAGUUUGCUGGUCUCGUUGUUGUGGUUUAAGCUAGCAGCUAGCCAGAAUGCUACCGUCACUGUAGCUAGCAGAAGCCGUUAGCUAACGGAAACGUUAUGUUAAACGAGCCGACAGCAGUAGUUUGGAGUAGGAGACACUGCUUCUGUUGCCUUAACUAUCAUCCUAGCAAAUUAAACUGGCUUGAAUCUCUAGCUAGAUAUAAAGUUGUCCAGUUUAGCUAAACAGGCUCUGAAGAGUCACUUUAUCCUUUGCUUUCACUGCCUGAAAUAACUUUGAGUAUGGGGAUGUGCUUACCGUGCUUUGGUGGGGCAGCGGACGAUGUUGUUGUCACUCCGGAUCCUGAGACAAGGAGGCGACAACUAGCUGAGGCCGCUGAGAAGAGACAAAAAGAGACAACAUACAGAGGUGUCAAAAAUCCAGAAGCAGUUGAAAGGAAAAGGAAAAAACAGGAAGAAAUUGAGAAACAGGCGAUGACCACCUCUGUGUCUGGUGGUGGUGGUUUGAAGUGGCAGGUGGGCUGAAAAUCUUGAUGCCUCAGUGUGAAGUAAUGACUCUGAACAUGAAGUAUUGCUGGAAGAUGACCUGAGAGAUUUUUGAACUGCUGUCCAUGUUUAUUUAAAUACCUUGCCUAUUUAAUGAUGUGAUUGCAGUUGUCCUGUUUCAUGCAGAACAAUCUGAAGUGAUUAGACUGUACAGCUAGACUUUCUGAAUCUAUGCCAAGUUACAAAACCAGUUUGAACCUUCGCACAAGUCAGUAAUGACAAAAAAAGGCGCAAACAGUUACACAUCCUAAAGCAUUAGUUAUAUUUAGUUAUUGAUUAACUAGCCUUACAAAAACAAAACUAGAAAACCCUACAUUUAAAAAGAAGUCCAGGAGUCUCUCCUGUGAUAUCAUGAAGACAAAGCUUUUCUGAACACUAAAGUUUUCACUACAUUUGAUGACACAAUCUUCAGCCAGUUAUGCAUACAACACUUUUUCACAUGUAAAACUCUGUUUGUUUCCUAAGUGGGCUUAUUGUAGGAUUGGAUUAGUUCCCAUUAAUAGGCACCUUGUUAGCUUUUAUGAUCUCAGCUUGUUGAUAACACAGACUGGUGCAAAUAGGAAACAUCUUUAUAGACCUUAGGUUUCUGCACUUUGCUCUGGUCUUUGUUGUUGCUGCUUUAGAAGGUCCCUUUUAUUUUCCUACAUAAUUUGAGUUUGUUGCAAUGAAUUCUAAUAUAUGUGAAACACUGACGCAAUGCCUGCUUACUUUAAAUUAAGUUUUUUAAAUUGUUUGUGAGAUGCCAUAUGAUGAAUUAAAGCUUAGCUAGACAUUUAUUUGCACACGGUUUGUUAACAUUUAGUGGACAGCACAUAAGUUUGCUCUUUUGUAAUGGGAGGUGUAAAGAAAAAAAUUAUGGAAACAGAAAGAUGCUGAAGGAAGAGAAUUAGAGUGAGAAGUUUGUACAGCAUAUGCAUUGAAAUAGAUUUAAUGAGUGCAUUUCUUACAGCCUUCACUCGAUCCUUAAAUGUUCCCGGUGCUUUAAAUAUUUUGUAAAACAGGAAAUUCAGCCAAUGUUAUUUGCAACAAUAAAUCACAUUUCUGCUA